AUGGCUUCUGCCCCAGAGGACACAAGCCGCAGGCGGCGGGAGAAGCGGCGGCAGCUGGAUGCCCGCCGCAGCAAGUGUCGCAUACGGCUGGGUGGCCACAUGGAGCAGUGGUGCCUCCUCAAGGAGCGGCUGGGAUUCUCUCUGCACUCGCAGCUCGCCAAGUUCCUGCUGGACCGGUACAUUUCUUCGGGCUGCAUACUCUGUGCAGGCCCUGAGCUCUCACCUCCCAAAGGUCUGCAGUACCUUGUGCUCCUAAGUCAUGCUCACAGCCGAGAGUGCAGCCUGGUACCUGGGCUUCGAGGACCUGGGGGCCAUGAAAAGGGACUUGUGUGGGAGUGCUCGGCAGGACACACCUUCUCCUGGGACCCCUCUUUGGGCUCCACACCUCCAGAGACACCCAGACCAGUCCCCCUUCGACGCUCUGCCCGGAGAAGCUGGUGCUCAGAGACCAAGAGUGGACAGGAAUCUGCAGGUUUGGAGUGUGAGGAUGGUGAAAGGACUCAGGAGGCCAAAUUGCCCAGACGGGUAGGACCACUGCCAGAUACUUCCCUCCCCACAGAAGAAGAAGAAGGAGAGGAAGAAGAGGAGGAUGAAGAGGAAAUUCUCAGUGAUGCCAGCCCAUGGACCUACAGCUCCUCCCCAGAUGACAGUGAACCAGAUGCCCCUAGAUCCCCCAGACUACCUCCAGCCUCUCUUACUCACUCCCUUAAAGAGGAGACACCACGAGUCCCUUCAGAUCUCCCUACCUCUCUGGCAACUCCAUCCUCUUCAGUAUCUUCAUUGGGUUUUGGACUUCCUCUGAGUGCAGAAAUCAGCAUACAACCAGAGCUCAGUGCAGCUCAAGAAACUGAACCCUCAGCCAGCCCUGGGAGUCAGACCCAUUCUGCUCCAGCUGCAGCUCCAGACUGGGAUGAAGAAACUGCUCAAAUUGGCCCCAAGAGAAUCAGGAAAGCCGCCAAAAGAGAACUUCUGCCUUGUGACUUCCCUGGCUGUGGAAAGAUCUUCUCUAAUCGGCAGUAUUUGAAUCACCAUAGGAAAUACCAGCACAUCCACCAGAAGUCUUUCUCCUGCCCAGAGCCAGCCUGUGGGAAGUCUUUCAAUUUUAAGAAACACUUGAAGGAGCACGUGAAGUUGCACAGUGACACCCGAGACUACAUCUGUGAGUUCUGUGCUCGGUCGUUCCGGACCAGCAGCAACCUUGUCAUCCACAGACGUAUCCAUACUGGAGAGAAACCCCUGCAGUGUGAGAUCUGUGGAUUCACCUGCCGCCAAAAGGCUUCCUUGAAUUGGCACCGGCGCAAGCACGCAGAGACAGCAGCUGCCUUGCUCUUCCCCUGUGAGUUCUGUGGCAAGCGUUUUGAAAAGCCAGACAGUGUUGCAGCACACCGAAGCAAAAGCCACCCGGCCCUACAACCUGGCCCACAGGCAUCACCUGGUCCUUUGGAGCCAUGUUCCAGCAUCUCUGUCUCUAGACCCUUGGGGUCUACUGAGGCCCCAGAAGCCAUGCCUAUAGGGGCCAGCUCCUCCCUCUCUCCUCAGACUCCAGCUCUACUCUCUCAGAAAUGA